AUGGAGUCACAAAGAGGUCAUCACAUUCUAACAAGAUUAACGAAGAUACGCAAAAGACCUCAACAGCCGUUAACGGACUUUACCGAACUCUACAGCAGGAUCGCCAAUGAAACAAUAUAUUACCUGAAUUUAGAAGAGAAAAAACGAUAUAAGGAAGCAUUACAAGGCUGGAAGGGCCUAACUACCGAUGUACUGUUUAAGCAGACGUUGAUAGAGCAUAAUUAUCCAAGCACGCAGUCUUACACGAAGGAUGAACUCAGUUUGCAAAAUGGUAUUCGAGAAUUGUACCAUAAAAGUGUUAUGCAUUUAGAAAGAGUCCAAAAACUGGUCCAAGAAGAGCCUGUCAGGAAUAACGUACCGUCUUCUAAAAUGCAGAGCACAACUCGUAGUUCAUCCUUCACCAGAACCACAGAAACACCACAAAUAUUUCAGAUGGUUCCGGGAAGAAUGAUGAAAACACUGAGAAAUAAAAAUUCAUACGUUUACAAAAAUGCAUACUCGAACCCUUCGCUACCACCACAUAAUAAUAGUAUCUUCUCGAAAAGUGGAGAGGAUUCGGAGGGCGUUAAAGUAAAUUUUGUGCCUUCCAAGCCCUUAUCUAAUACUGCAAGCAAAUAUCUCAAGAAAUGUGUCGAGCGCAAUGAUCGGCCGCUUAAGAAAGAAACAGAAAUAUACUCGGAGAAGUGUGCAUCUGUCCCAAUAUUGAUAGACUUGACCAAUGAUGAGGAUGAUUGCGAUAACGGAGUUCUAAAGGAGGACCACGUAUAUGAUGAAGAAGAGAGUGAGGACUUUGAGUUUGAUGUUUCUGAUUACUAUGAUAACAUCUCCGAAAUUGAAGAAAAAGAACAACAACAACGUAUAGAAACUUUGAAGACUCUGGAAGGAAUUGAACAGCAAAUGUCGGACCUAUCCGUCACCUCUUCUGUAUCCAGUAACAAGAGCAUAGCAUCAUCAGAAAGUGUUCCUCAAUCAUCUUUACGAUCUUUACCGAAUACCGCUCCCGCACUUCCUUUACUACCUCCACCUCCUCUAUCAGGUGAUAAUAGAGCAUCCAGCACUGGCACUGUAAGGGCGCAUAGUUCAGGAUUUGCUGCUACCAUGGAUCCAUCUAAAAAUAAACAUCUUCAAAUGUCAAAAAUGGUAAAAAAUAACCGUGCUCCAUAUCUGAAGAGCACUAAAUCAACUUCCACUCUUAUGGCUAAAUCAACUCCAACUUUUGCUACGAAAUCCCAAGCUAAUACCAAAUCGAUCACAAAAUCCACUGCAUCUUCUCCCACUUCCUCAUUGACGGCUUCGAAGCCAGUACUUCAAAAGCCCAAAACGGCAGCAAUGGCCGCUAAGAAAGUAUUGAAUGGCAAGAAGAUUUUGGAUGAUCCUAUAAUGAGCACCACGAAGAAAGCUCGCAUCAUCUUGAAACCUAAAACGACGAAGGUUUUAACUCCCAGUGUCAAGAAGACGAGCAGUCAUCCGUCUAGGCCCAAUACUAAUAUAAAAUCGUCCGCGCACAGCACAUCUUUAAGUAAGAAGCAAAUAAAAAACCCUGGCACAUCCACCAAAAAAACGAAUCAAAGGAUACCAGAACAAAGAAAGUUCAAAACGGGACCAAUUGGGUCAGAGUCCGUCGCCAAAAACACUCUCCCGAAUAGUGAAGAAAAGGAUGAUGCAGAAGUAGAUAAAAAAGUCCUUAGAGAAAUUUUAGAGGACGAAAUUAUCGAUAGCCUACAAGGGGUGGAUAAGCAAGCAGCAAAGCAAAUUUUUGCCGAGAUCGUGGUCCAUGGAGAUGAAGUUCAUUGGGAUGAUAUUGCUGGCUUAGAAAGCGCCAAAUACUCCUUAAAGGAGGCAGUUGUUUAUCCGUUUUUGAGACCGGACCUAUUUAGAGGGCUACGUGAACCAGUCAGAGGGAUGCUUUUAUUCGGUCCUCCAGGUACAGGUAAAACAAUGCUAGCAAGAUCUGUAGCCACAGAGUCGCGCUCCACAUUUUUCUCAAUCAGUGCUUCCAGUUUGACGUCCAAAUACUUGGGCGAAAGUGAGAAACUGGUGAGGGCGCUGUUUGCUAUCGCCAAGAAACUAUCGCCUUCUAUUAUAUUCGUGGAUGAAAUUGAUUCCAUUAUGGGCAGCAGAAAUAACGAAAAUGAAAAUGAAUCAAGCCGAAGGAUCAAGAACGAAUUUCUUGUUCAGUGGUCAUCUUUGUCCAGUGCAGCUGCUGGCUCAAACAAAGAGGAGGCUGAUAAUUCCAAUAAUGACGACAAAGGAGAUGAUACAAGGGUUUUGGUACUUGCUGCGACAAAUUUACCAUGGUCAAUUGACGAAGCCGCACGGAGAAGAUUUGUCAGACGACAGUAUAUACCAUUACCAGAGGGCCAGACCAGGUACGUUCAAUUCAAGAAGCUUUUGUCUUGCCAAAAGCACACUUUAACCGAACCAGAUUUUGAUGAACUAGUAAAGAUUACUGAGGGCUUUUCAGGAAGCGACAUAACAUCUUUAGCGAAGGAUGCAGCUAUGGGUCCAUUGCGGGACCUGGGUGAUAAGCUAUUAGAGACAGAGAGAGAUAUGAUAAGACCUAUAGGCCUCGUGGAUUUUAAAAGCAGUUUGGAAUACAUAAAACCGUCCGUAUCGCAGGACGGAUUGGUGAAGUACGAAGAAUGGGCCUCGCAAUUUGGGUCGUCUGGUUCAUGA